UGUCGUCACAGGGCAAAUGAUCAGGGUGCGUCCGCCUUUUCCCUCUCUCUUUUAUCCUCCUCCUCUACCCCCUCCCCUUGUCCCGCAGUCUUCUCCCUCCUUCUUUCUCUCCCUCCCCCUGGCGUCUCCCGCCGACUCUCGCUUCCGGUCAGCGGCCCUGUGCGUUAGAGCGCCCCGCCUCUUCCGUCUUUACAGCGGAGGCGGCUGUGGCGACGGCGGCAGCGGCGCCUGCGCGUCUCCUGUCAGGGUCAGCAGGCGGGUCCACGGGGCGGUCCACCUGCGCGUCUCGGGGCCGCGACCCGGGGGUCGAAUGGCGAUGAACUAUAACUCGAAGGAUGAAGUGGACGGCGGGCCGCCGUGUGCCCCUGGGGGCACCGCUAAGACUCCGAAACCGGAUAACACGGCCUUCAAACAGCAGCGGCUUCCCGCUUGGCAGCCCAUCCUCACGGCUGGCACGGUGCUACCUACCUUCUUCAUCAUCGGCCUCAUCUUCAUCCCCAUUGGUAUUGGCAUCUUCGUCACCUCCAACAACAUCCGCGAGAUCGAGAUUGAUUAUACCGGAACAGAGCCUUCUAGUCCCUGCAAUAAAUGUUUGUCUCCUGAUGUGACACCUUGCUUUUGUACCAUCAACUUCACAUUGGAACAGUCAUUUGAGGGCAAUGUGUUUAUGUAUUAUGCACUAUCUAAUUUCUAUCAAAACCAUCGUCGUUAUGUGAAAUCUCGAGAUGAUAGUCAACUAAAUGGAGAUUCUAGUGCUUUGCUUAAUCCCAGUAAGGAAUGUGAACCUUAUCGAAGAAAUGAAGACAAACCAAUUGCUCCUUGUGGAGCUAUUGCCAACAGCAUGUUUAAUGAUACAUUAGAAUUGUUUCUUAUGGGCAAUGAUUCUUAUCCUACACCUAUUACUUUGAAAAAGAAAAGUAUUGCUUGGUGGACAGAUAAAAAUGUAAAAUUCAGAAAUCCCCCUGGAGAAGAAAGCCUGGAAGAACGAUUUAAAGGUACAACAAAGCCAGUGAACUGGCUUAACCCAGUAUACAUGCUGGAUUCUGACCCAGAUAACAAUGGCUUCAUAAAUGAGGAUUUUAUUGUUUGGAUGCGUACUGCAGCCUUACCUAAUUUUCGUAAGUUAUAUCGUCUUAUAGAGAGGAAAAGUGAUUUACAUCCAACAUUACCAGCUGGACGCUACUAUUUGAAUAUCACAUACAAUUAUCCUGUACAUUCUUUUGAUGGACGAAAACGGAUGAUCUUGAGCACUAUUUCAUGGAUGGGAGGAAAAAAUCCAUUUUUGGGGAUUGCUUACAUCGCUAUUGGAUCCAUCUCUUUCUUUCUGGGAGUUGUACUGCUAGUAAUUAAUCAUAAAUAUAGAAAUAGUAGUAAUACUGCUGACAUUACCAUUUAAUUUUAUAUUCUGAAAACAAAUCUACUGCAUGUGCAUCAAGGCCAGUCCUGUUCAACUAGCUUUCGAAUGCUGAUGUCUGGUUAGUAUGUCAUUUUGAAGUUGGCACAUACUUGUUUUUAAAAACAGUCUUUGUCCUUUGCUUCUCCCCUAUGGAUGACUUAUGAAAAUAUAUGACGGGUAUAAAAAAAUUAGCUAUAUUGAUUAUAUCAACACUGUAACUGCCGAAAUGGCAUUCUAAUGUUUGUUUUUUAUUGGGACAGGCCAUAUGAUGCAUAGAGCCUCUUUCAUGUGAAUGCGUCUACUGCUUCGAUGUUUAUGCUGUACUGAUGAUUAUAUUGACAUAUAAUGCUGUAUAUGUGUGCCUAUUGUGUGAAGAAAGGGAUUACAAGAUGUAUGAGUAUAAUGACUUGCUAACCUUUCAGGAUUCAGAGUUACAGAAAGAUGAAGAAUGACCAAAUCUAAAUAAAACACUUCAUCAUUUUCAUGUUGUCAUAAGGCUUAAAGUACCAUCUUUGUUGAGGUGGUUCAUGCAUUCAGUUUAUCCAGUACAGUUCUUUGUCAAGCUUAGCAUUGAUUUCAAAGAAUAUGUAACCUUUGUGUCUGGCAUAGGAAUUAAUAAUGCUCAUGUCUGAAAAGGUCAGGUAGGUCCCAGGUUGGAGAAUUUAAAAUUCCUCUUUCCAUUUGUUCAAAUGUUACAGUCAGGAACCCCAAGUCACAUGGAAUGUUUUUACUGGAAGUGAAUGUGAUCACUUCCCUUGAAGCUUACACUUCAUAAGGGAAGAAAAUACAAGUGAGAUGGAAAAACUGCUUGGCAGAUCUUCAUCUUCUGCCUCAAUUAGAAAUCAGAUGUGAUUGUUCAAAGGAGACUAUUUUCAUUCUUGUGGUAUUUAACAUUCAGAAAAUUAAUUCAGCAUUGGAAAUAUCUCAAACUGUUUUUAUUUUUCAGGUAAGUGUUUUGACUGAAGUACUAAUAUUAUAUUCCAGAAAAUUUUGAAAGUAGUAACCUAAUUUCCUCUGUGUUUUAUUCAAUUUUUUGCAUAUAGGUCAAAUAUAGAUAUGUAUGCACAUUCUCUUUAGUUAAGGUACCAAUUUUUUUGGUUGGUUUUCCUAAGACAUACUUUAGAAAGAUGUUCUAUACCUAAUUUCUGGAAAUUUUGGAUUAUGUACAUGAUAAAUUAUAAUAUAUAUGGUUGAAGUAAUUUUAUUUUUUACUAACUGGAAUUAUUUUAAUAUUCCUUAUUGAAUAAAUGCUGUAAUUUGUUUGCUAUGGAACUUAUUAAAGUGAAUGUAAACUUAUUUUUCCAAAUGCAUGAAAAUGUAUGUAUUAAUCAGAGGUGGCUUAAUUGCAUUGAAAUUGCUUUUUUUUUUUGCUAAAGUAACUCAUGUUUGUGUAGAAGAAUGCCUGUUUAUUCAGUGUUUGUAAUGAUUUUUUUGAGUUAUAUUUUAAAUCAAAAGGUCUGGGUAAUGUAUCAAUUUUGAUUAAUAUAUGUUUUUUUUUUAAGAAACAACAAUGUAAUAGUUAAUAGUAGAAAUGUGCCACACUUUUUAAGUUUUGUGUAACAUGAAAUUCAGUUCAAAGAACUUGUAAUUCAUAAUGAUUUUUAACUGGUAAAAAUAUUACUUGCAUGAAGUACUUGAUGUAUGGUUACCCUGACAUUUGAGUACAUAGGGCAUCUUCUUUGUCUAAAAAUAUUCUUUGUUUUGUCAGUCCUUCAGAAUGUUAUUUAUUCUGAAAUUGUCCCUCUUGUACAUGGCAGUUUAUUUUCGGGGGUGCAACAUUGGGAAGGAGGAAUUUCUUCCAGUCUUUCCAGAUUGAGUUUGUGCUGUGUAAAGAGGACUCCCAUCCUGCAUCUCUUUUUCUAAUUGGGGGACUGAGGGUGUUGCUAAAGAAAAGUUGAAGAGCCCUUCUAACACUUUUCUCGUGGAGAAGAUGGAUUUUAAAAUGUAUUGGGAGUCUUUUCUAUUUUACAAGUACACUGAUGGCCUAAGUCCCCCUCCGUGCUACCAUCUUCUGCCAUUUGAGCUCUGAGGGACUCCUGUUGCAAAAAUGAAGAAUAUGGAACAUUCAUAUCACCCCUGUGAAGCGUGGGAGAAGGGAAAACAGUUCUUUUUCUUUCUUAAAAGCUUUAUGCUCAUCUUUUGGAAACAUUGAUGUCAUAUUCAUCUUCUAAAGAAUCAUGUUGCAUUUUAAGGCAGCUACAUUAAGUAGAAGGCAUUGAAGAAUGUAUUAAUAUUUAGAACAUAUUUUGACAUAUGAAAAGCUUUCCAAUAGAAGAAAUUAUUCAAUAAAUAAAAGCUAAGAAAUUUCAUUGAAAUCAUAAGGUAGUUUCAGAAUAAAUUGAUAAAAAUAACUGUGUACUACCUAAUAGAGAGUCAUUCAACCAAGAGAAGAAUUAAGUGAAUAUUAUUUGUUUAUUGGUUAGUGACAGAGUCUAUUUGUAACCUUGAUGAUGUUAAAAGAUAACAUUCUGUUAGUAUGUUCUCUAAUAAAAAUGAAUAAAAUUAAUUUCACUGUGUUUAAGUAUCUUGCUAAAAUAACAAUGCCUAGUGUUGUUACUAAUGUUUAACACCAAAUUUUAACCCAAGGUCAACGAGUCCAGGUUUGACUUCUCUAUGCCUAGAUUUGAUAAAAUGUCAUUCAUUGUUAAAUUAAUCACCAUAUUUAUAUUUAUUGAUCUCUCUGACAACAUUAACCAUCUGUUCUUACCAGAAAGUGGUCAGAUUGUCACCUGAGUUAUAGACAGACUGGCUAAGUUUGGUAUUAGAUCCAGGGGAAUGUCUAAUAAAUAGAGAGGCAAGGAUAAUGAAAAUAAUGAAGUGGGACACACAGGAAAUGAAAAGCCUGACUAGUGAGGAGCAGUGGAAAGGUUGGGUUAAUGAGUGCUGUUCAGCCUGCUACCUCCUAUCUUUGUGGAAACAUUGCCUUAGAAUUAUUAUAUAAGACAUCUUUGUUGGUUAAGCUGUAAAGUUUUGUUCUUUGUAAACAUGGCUGGGGAGGAUAGAAGGAAUACGGAAGUAUUGCCAUUACAAGAACAAUUUUGAUGCUUAAGUGUCUCUUGUAGAGUCUGGAUGAUCUAGUGAAGUGUUUCAGAACCCCUUUUUAGUACACCAUUCAGUAAACAUAAAAAUCACUUUUCUCCUAAUGUCAUUUGAAAUUUCAAAAUAAAUAUCUUCUCUAAAAUCA